AUUGCAGGAAUUUUUAUGGAAAUAGCAACUAAUAUUUUGAUAUCAUAAUACGUCAAAUAUGUUUUUAAAAUAAUAUGCGGUCCAUAUUUGACACAUUAACAACAACAAAAACAGCAACAAAAUUUGAAUGUAAUGAUAAUAUUGUUAAGAGAAAGAAAAAAAAUUCUUUAACAUUUUUAAAAAAUUUUCCAUCAUCAUUUUUAUUUAAUAUUAUUAAUUCAAUUAAUAAUCAAAAUAAUAAAAAUUGCCAAAAUAUUAAUAAUUAUAAUAAUAACAAUAAUAUAAAUAUAAAUAACAAUAAUAAUAAUAAAACAAAAUUAUUAUAUAAUAAUCAAAUAGAAAGAGAUGUACAAUCUCAAUAUUAUAUAUUUCGUGAAUAUUGGAAUAAAACUGCUCAGGAAUAUAUGGAGGCUGGAAAUAAUUUAGCAUUAAGAUUAAUUAAUUUAGAAAAUAUCAAAAACUUAUUAUCAUGUAGAUAUUAUGAUAAAAAUAUAAAUAAUAAUAAAAAUAAUGAUAAUGAAAAUAGCAAUAAAAUAAGUAAAAAUAUUAAUAUUAAUAAAAAUAAUAAUAAAAAUUUAUAUAAUGAAAAAAAGAAUAUUAAUGUGAAUAAUGAUAAAAAAAUUAAUGAUAAAAAUAAUAUAAAUUUAACUAAUAAUAUUAAUAAUACUAAUAAUAAUAAUAAUCAUAACGGUACGAUUUAUCGCUAUUCAUUAAGUUUAUACACAGCGUCGAGCGUUAUUUUAGCACUUUGUUAUUUAACGACAUCAGCUUUAGCCGCCUCAACUGAUAUUAAUCCAAUAUUCGAUGAAUCAAGCUCAGAUAAAGAAAUUUUAGAUCACCUUUUAAUGCAAAAAAGAUAUGAUAAACGACUUUUACCUCCUGUAAACGGAACCUUAACUGUUAAUCUAAAUGUAUUACUUCUUAGUUUAGCAUCUCCGGAUGAAUCAAGUUUGAAAUAUGAAGUUGAAUUUCUAUUAAAUCAGCAAUGGACUGAUCCUCGCCUUCAAUAUGGUAAUAGAUCACAAUAUGAUUUUUUAAAUGCAUUACAUCAUCACAACGAUAUAUGGCUGCCAGAUACAUAUUUUAUAAUGCAUGGUGAUUUUAAAGAUCCAUUAAUACCAAUGCAUUUUGCCUUAAGAAUAUUUAGAAAUGGAACAAUUACUUAUGCAAUGAGGCGGCAUUUAAUAUUGUCGUGUCAAGGAAGCCUACAUAUCUUUCCUUUUGACGAUCCAAAAUGCUCAUUUUCCAUGGAAAGCAUUUCAUACGAAUUAUCUCACAUCAAAUACAUAUGGAAAAAUGAUGAUACAACUUUAAAGAAUAGCCCCUCAUUGACAGCUUUAAAUGCAUACCUUAUAUCAAAUGCAACAAUAUUAUGUCCAAUUAAAAGUUGGCGAGGAAAUUAUAGUUGUCUUCGGGUAGACUUAACAUUUACACGUGAUCGUGCUUUUUAUUUUACAACUGUUUUUAUACCUGGAAUCAUAUUAGUAACAUCAUCAUUUAUUACAUUUUGGCUAGAAUGGAAUGCUGUUCCUGCUCGUGUUAUGAUAGGCGUAACAACAAUGUUGAAUUUUUUCACAACAUCGAAUGGUUUCAGAAGUACAUUACCAGUUGUUUCAAAUUUAACAGCAAUGAACGUUUGGGAUGGUGUUUGUAUGUGUUUUAUCUAUGCAUCAUUAUUAGAAUUUGUAUGUGUGAAUUAUGUUGGCAGAAAAAGACCAUUACAUAAUGUAGUUUAUAGACCAGGAGAAAAUCCAGUUACGCAGAAAAUGAAAUCUUUCGGAGGGAUGAGAUUUUAUAAUGGGCGUCUUCCAGCCGUUCUUAGCAGGAUUGGAAUUAUUCUUGCAAGCCCUUUGGGUGAAAAACGCCGAGAUAUUGGAGGACCAAAUGAAAUUGUUGCAUGUACCAGUUGUGGUGGUGGAACAAGUCCAUGUACACAUUCAGCUAAUAAUGGAUGUGCCACGGAGACAUGUUUUGUACAAGUCAGAAAAAAGGAACCGCCCCAUCCAAUACGUGUAGCCAAAACAAUAGAUGUAAUAGCUCGAAUAACAUUUCCAACAGCUUAUGCAAUUUUUCUAAUAUUCUUUUUUGUGCACUACAAAGGAUUUUCCUAGAAAUUAUAUUCUAAUUGGUAUAAUUAAUAAAAAAAAAACAUACGCUUUAUUACAUAUAUUAUCUAUAUAUUUAAAUAUACAGAGGGAAAAAAAUAAUAUAUAUGAAAUAUAUAUUAAUAUAGCUGUAAAUAUAUAUAUGCAUAUAAAUAAAAUUAAAAAAAAUUAUGAAUAUUUAUUUAUAUAUAGAAAUAUAUGCAAAACAAAAACAUAAAGAUGUAAAUUGCAAUUAAAUUGUACCAAUUAUAACGAUGAAAAAUUUAUUAUAUAAUAAUUACAGUCAAAAAUUAAAAAUCAUUUAAAACCAAAACAAAAACACAGAAACAAGAAGAAAUAAUCAACAUCCUAUAUAUUGAAAUUUCUAAAUUAAAAUAAUAAAAUUAAAUUUCGAAAGUUGAAAUUUCGGAAAAAAAUUAAUGUUUAAAAGAAACAAAAAAAAAUAGUAGCGCAUUAAUUAAAUUAAAAAAUUUCUUUAAAACAAAAUAAAAAUUUUUUUUUGAGAACUAUAUUCGCCUGUUAUAUAAAAAAUUUUGUAGAAUCGGAAGAGUUCGUAGCUGUUUUAUAUUUCUGUAAUAAUUUUAGAUCACGUUCUAUGUAAAAAAUGUUUUCAUUGUAUGAAAAUUAUAGAAUAGAAAAUUAUUUUUAUUUUCUCAAUUUUUCCAUAAAAAAAUUCAUGAUUUUUACAUAAAUCACCUAUUCGGAGUUAUUUUAUAUUGCGCCCUAUAUAAAGUCACAAAAUCGAAAAAUUGUGGUACCUAAAUGGAUUUUAUGGAAUAACUUUUAUGCUUUCGUAAGUAUAGAUAACCUAUAAAUUGUACUCAUUUUGGAGACCAAUGAAUCUUCAAAUAAAAAUUUUGUUAUACAUUCAAAAUUAUUUUGUUAAAUUUCAUAUUGAAAUUUUUCUUUUUUUAGCAUAAAUAUUAUUUACUUAAAACUUGUUAGCCUUUAAACAUUAUUUGUUCAUCUGAAAUGUGAAAAUAUUUAAAAUUGCUAACACUUACUUUUCAAUGCAAAUUAUAGAUUAUAAGAAAUAGAGAAAGAAGACAAUAUAGAAGAAUAGAAAUUUGUUAUUUUUUGUUUUUGGUACCGAAAUUUCGUAAACUUAAAUUUGCUUCGAACUUCCAAACAUCGAAAUUGUAUACAUUUUCUGAAAGAACAACCACUGCAAGAAAAUUAGUGUGAGCAAAUAAAAUAUUAUGCAAUUUAUCAGCUCAUUUUUUAAUUUUCAUAAUAUUUUUAUUUCUUAUUCAUGAAGUCUUAUAUACUAUUAAAGUGAAGUAAAAUAUAAAAAUCAAGGAAUUUUCACGAAUUUUUCAAUUUCUUUAAAUAUUCAAGUAAUUUUAUAUUAUACAAAAUUAUUAACAUAUAUAAUAGUAACAGAGUACUAAAAAUUAAUUGUAAUACUAAAUCAGUUUAUCUGCAAUAUACUAAAAAUUAACUACAGAAUAGAAACUGUUAUAUAAAGCAAAAAAUAUUAACAUUUCGAUUAUACCAAUUAAAAAAUUAUUUCUGUUAUACCUUAAAAUUAUUUUGAGGGAUAUACAUAUAUCUGUCAUAUAUGUAAAUUAAUAGUAACUCACCAAAAAAAUCAAAAUAAUUUCAUGUACAGGCAACAUUAUUGUCAAUUAAAAUAUAACAAUAUCAUCUCUUAAUGUAAUAACAUAUAUACAGAAGCCUUUUUCAAUACAUUUAUUAUUUUUUCAUAAUGUAGCAUACUAUUUAAUUAAAUGAUUAUUUAAUAUUAUAGUCUAAACCUAAUUAUAAAUGUAUAUUUUAUUAUUAAACUUUAGAAUAUCCUAAAUCUCCGAAAAAAAAAACCAUUAUAAUUUAUUUAUUUGAUAUACAACUCCUAAAUUCUUUUCACGGUUCUCAAAAGAAAGAAAGAAAAUAACUAUAAAUAAUAUUAUGAGUGUAUUAAAGAAAUUAAUAUAAAAAUAAAAAUCAUUUUUAAUAUAUAAAAUAUAAACGUAUACAUAUUAGUUACUGCUUUAAAUAGGAUUAAAGAAAAACCAAAAAAAAAAAAUGUUAUAAUAAAAUUCAAUCAAAUAUAUAGAUAGUAAUUUUAUGCCUUGUACAAAAACCAAAAAACAUUUAAAACUAUUAUGAAACAAUUUGCUAGAAAAAAAAAAUAUAAAAUAUCUAAAAUUAAAAAAAGAAAAACAAAAAUCUCGAAAUUUUAACUUUCGAAAUUUUUUUUUUUUAUUUUAUAUUAUGUACUAAAAAUUCAUAAAAUUCAUAAAUGAAAAUUUCAAAAUUAAAAUUAAAAUAUAAAUAAACAAAACAAACCAAAUUUAAUUAUUCAAAAAAAAAAAAGAAAUUAUUUAUCAGAUCAACAAAAAAAAAAACAAAAAUAAUAAUAAUAACGAUAAUUUAGAAUUUUUAGGGGGCUUUAGGUUAUCAGCGCGCAGCAGCAGCAUAAAAAAACAAAAAAGAAAUAUUUAUAUACCUACCAGCAUUAAAAAAAGCAUUAAAAACAAAAA